GAAAAUAAUAAAUGUUGGAGAGGCUGUGGAGAGAUUGGAACACUUCUACACUGCUGGUGGGAAUGUAAAAUGGUACAACCACUUUGGAAAUCGAUUUGGCGUUUCCUUAAAAAGCUAGAAAGAGAACUACCAUAUGGCCCAGCAAUCCCACUGCUUGGAACAUAUCCUAGAGAAAUAAGAGCCUUUACAUGAACGGAUAUAUGCACACCCAUGUUUAUUGCAGCGUUGUUUACAACAGCAAAAAGAUGGAAGCAACCAAGGUGUCCAUUGAUGGGUGAAUGGAUAAAUAAUUUACGAUAUAGUCACACAAUGGAAUAUUAGUCACCGAUAAAGAACAGUGAUGAAUCUGUGAAACAUUUCGUAAAGUGGAGGAACCUGGAAGGCAUUAUGCUGAGUGAAAUUAGUCAGUUGCAAAAGGACAAAUAUUGUACAAGACCACUAUUAUAAGAUGUGAGAAAUAGUUUAAACUGAGAAGAACACAUUCUUUUGUGGUUAUAAGAGGGAGGAGGGGGGGAGAGUGGGUGAAGGUUAUUUACUGAUUAGAUUGUAGAUAAGAACUAUUUUAGGUGAAGGGAAGGGCAGCACUCAAUAGAGGGGAGGUCAGCACAACUGAACCAAACCAAAAGCAAAGAAGCUUCCUGAAUAAACUGAGUGCUUCGAAGGUCAGCAAAGCAGGGGCAGGGGUUUGGGGACUAUGGCUUCAUGGGACAUCUAAGUCAAUUGGCAAAAUAAAAUCUAUUAAGAAAACAUUCUGCAUCCCACUUUGAAGUGUGGAGUCUGGGGUCUUAAACGCUGGCAAGGGCCACCUAAGAUGCAUCAAUGAGUCUCGACCCACCUGGAUCAAAGGAGAAUAAAGAACACCAAGCUCACAAGCUAUAGCAGGCCGCCGGGACACUGACCAGGCCUCCUCACUAAAGGCUGCAUGGCUUUCUGACCGACAGAAGCCCAGUUUGUGUGCAGGAGCCAUCUUGUCAUUAUUUGCACCUUAUAUUGACUUCUUAAAGCACACUUACCUUAAAGCACAGUCAGUGGCAUCACUCAGCUGAAGAGAUGAGUAAUCAAACAGUAAUCUACUCAGACAUCAACCGGGCCAAAUACCCAAAGAGGCAGCAAAUCAAACCUGAGAGCAAAAAUAGCUCCGUUUCAGACACUGAGCAGGACAUAACCUACGUGGAAUUAAACCUUCAUAAUGCGUCUCAGGAUCUUCAAGGAAAUGACAAGAAGCCCCAUUGCAAAGUUUUCCCAUCACCUCCUGCGAGGCUCGCUGCUAUGACCCUGGGAAUCAUCUGCCUUGUCCUGAUGGCCAGUGUACUAAUCACGACAGUCGUAGUUAUUACUGCUGAUACUGUAAAACCAGGACAGAACAAUUCUUCUCUGAUAACAAGAACCCAGAAAGGACGUUGUCAUCAUUGUCCAAAGGCCUGGUUUAUGUAUUCCAACCGUUGUUAUUACAUUAGUAAUGAAAGAAAAACAUGGAGUGAGAGUCGAAUGGCCUGUGCUUCUAAUGCAUCUAAUCUGCUUCACAGAGAUAAUGAAGAAGACAUGAAUUUCCUGAGGUGUUUCGGUGUCUUAACAUGGAUUGACUUUAGUGGCAAUUCAACUUUCUCCUCCAAAGUGAUGUCAAUAUGUCCAGAGAAGGACAAGAUUUGCACAUAUUUUAAUAUUUACAGUAACAAGAUUUCUUGUGGAUCCUGCUUAGAAUUAAAAACAUAUGUUUGUAAGCACCAGGCACGAUCAUUUCCCUAAGUUUGGUAUGAUGCUAUUCCCCAUCUAUGAACAAGUAUUUCUAGUUUCUUCUAUAGCCAUACAAUUGUUUUUUAGUACAAUUUUAAUUUAUAUUAACUUUAAAAAAUUAUACAUAUAUAAAAUAAGAAAUUUGCCAUUUUGACAUUUUUUCAUGUACAAUUUAGUGACAUUAGUUACGUUCAUCAUGUUAUGUAUCCAUCACCACUAUCUGUUGCCCCAUGUUCCCAUCACCCUUUGCAGAAGCUCAAUGUCUCCUAGACAAUAACCCCCCUUUUCUCCCUUCCCUCCUGACUUUAUAACCACUAAUCAACUUUGAUCUUUAUACAUUUGUCUAAUCUAGAUAUAUCAUAUAAGUAGGAUCAUAUGUUUUUCUUUUUGUGACUGAAUUAUUUUACUCAUAACAGAGAAAUAUUAUACAUUUAUUAUGCUUCUGCUAUUUGUUUAAUUAAAUUAUGUAUAAAUUACAAAUCACAAAAUUAUCAAGAGCUGUUAUUUUCGUGUCAUCAAUAAAAUGAAUAAAUUCAUUCAAUUUUCAAAUGAGUUGGUGUCUCCUAGCCCUUGAAGUUGUUUAAAAUGAGGACACACCAUCCCUAAUGGUGAGGUGUGUAAAUCAGAGCCCAGUUAGGAGACAGAUACCAGAGAAAGUUCAUGUAAAUAAUUAUUAACUGUUUGUACAGGAUAGGUAACUAAGAUGAGUUAAAAGAAAACUAUGAAGAAUACCUUAAUGCUGAGGGAGAACACCCAAAGAAGGAACAAACUCGAUAGUUGGGUUUCAGACUUCAAAACUGUGUGGCUGCUGCUUACUGAAUGGCAGAGGUGUUCACUGGGAUGUCCUGGGACAGACAGAACAGGUCCAAGCCAGAAGGCUGGAAUUGGUGAGGAUGGAAUCUCAGCCAGACUGGCAAGCAGAAAGACCCCCUUACCAGAGAGCAUUUGGGCAGCGGAAGGGGAACAGGAACUAUGACUGGGACUGGCAACAAAAACUUGCUGAUGGCUGAAUACCAUGCAUGUCCUGCAUGCAUCUAGCUGACAGCCCCAACCCCCCACCAUAGGAGCAAAAGGAGAAGAAGCAUCACAAAUCCAGGAAGAAGAGCCCUUCCUCCUGCAGUGUCUCUCCAAUGGCUUCUGCUGACAAAGCUUAACAUCAUGCCAGCUGCAAGGGAGAAAAGUUUAUAGGAUAUAGCUUCAUUAUUAUGAAACAGAGCAAAGGAUAGGAUAGCUUUGGAGAUGAGAGAGAAUAAAUUGUUAAUUGGCACACAAAGUCACCAUUGUGACACAGGACAGAAUUGCAGUAUAAUGGACCUUUGUAUUUCCUCCACUCCCUCAGAGAAUAGAACCAAGAUGUAUCUCCAAAUUCCAUUUUAGUGCAACAUUGUCACUACUAAGUUCCAUUUUUCGUAGAGAUUGAUAUUUUCAUUGGGUAAUGUCCAGUCUCCCUUGAUAAUGGUCACAUGUCUGCAGUUUCCUUUACUGGACUUCAGACACUUUGGAAGGUAUUUUAUUCAAUUCUCUAUCCUCCUCCUUCUCUCACACUUUACCAUCAGGCUAAGAAAAAUGCUUCGAUAAAAAACUUAAAUGUUAAAUGUUGAAGACAAAAAAGAAUCAAAAGGAUAAAAGUGUUUGUUUGAUAUAAACAGCUACUUAUUUGCAAGAUUCAAAAUAGACUAGUAAUUUAUCAAUCAUUCAGAGACCUGUCCACCAUCAUUCAAUUAAAAGAGGAAGGGUGCUUAUCAUUGACUAUUAUUAGCAAAAACAACCAAUAUAUACAUUUAUCUCUUUAUAUAGACUAAAAUUUCAUUCUAUAUAAUCCCUGAACUAUAGCUGUAUCAGAUAUUGAAGUUGUAUAAUAAGCAACCACAAGAUAGCACUGACAAUCAAAAAAAGAAAUUAAGAUUAUUUUCUCAUUCACCCAGUUGUUGUUUGGAUGGGUUGCAGUUGUUAUAUGUUGGGCUUAGAUGGGUUUAGCUCCAGUCCACUAAUUUAGUUCAGAUUUUUUCUAUAUAUCUUAUUCUCAGAACAGUGGGCUCAGAAUAUGGGUGCACGCCCUUCUCAUAGCAGAGGUCGUCAGUUCUCAGAGGGGCAAGCAGAAAUGUACUUCUUCAUGCCUGGGCACAGAACUCACAUAUUUUCACUGUCUCACCUACAAUCCUUGUCAAAACAAGUCACAUGGCCAAGCCACCAGGAGUUUAUUUUAAUAAGAAAAUGUGAAAUAUAAAGAUUUUCAGUACUUUAUGAAUUUUUCUUGCUAGGUUUUUGCUUCCUUUAUUCCAAAAUAUACUGCAAGGUCUUAUAUAGUGAUGAAGAGUAUCAGAUGGAUGCGUUUGUGAGCAUUCUUUAUCAAAGUUCAGGUGGGGAAGAAGCAGUAUAGUGUAACGUUUAGUGACAUGAGCAAUGUCUGAUGGAGCCAGACUACCUGGGUAUAAAUACUAAUUCUACCCUAUUAGCUAUGUGCCCUAGUUACAUAGUUGUUUUGAAUCCAUCUUCUUUCCUGUAAAACGUAAUAGAAAUAGUGUAUUAUCCACAGGUUAUUUGAAAAGCACUUUACAAUAGCUAUUGGCACAUAAGUAAUCAAUGAUUUUUAUAUGAAAUUUUUAUGCUUCAGUUCUAUUACCUGUAACAUGAUGACUACAAUUAUAGCUACCUAAUAGAGCUGCUGUAAAGAAUAAAUAAUAUAAUAUCUAAAGAUUCUUAAAGGAAAGCCUAACCAUAUUAAGUUCUUGUUACGUGUGCCUUUUCAUAGUUCUUUUUCCUCCAGAUAUUCAACCAAAGCUGAUUCCCUAGAGGACAUCAUCUCUAACAGUUUGUCCUCCAUCUUUCAUUCGGCAAAUCUCCAUUGCUUCAAUAAAGUAAUUUUAGACAGGUAUCAGCAAAUUACCUGAUUGAACUAAUUCAGGCAGAUAUGUCAAGGAUACAUGCUUUUUAAGGAAAGUUAAUGACAUUUAAUGCAUAUUAUGUAUGUACCUGCCACCACCUGUCAGUUUGUCACACUGUGAUGGCUUGUGUGUUGCUAUAAUGCUGGAAGCUAUGCCCCUCGUAUUUCAAAUACCAGCAGGGUCACCCAUGGUGGACAGGUUUCAGUGGGACUUUCAGAAUAAGACAGAUUAUGAAGAAAGGCCUGGUGAUCUAUUUAUGAAAAUUAGCCAAUACAAACCUUAUGGAUCACAACAAUAUUGUCCAACUCACUUUCACCACAUCAUCAGGUGGGAUCCAUUUCCAAAGGAAAAGAUGUUUGGUGAAGCAGAGGCCUAGUAGAGGCAAGGGAGACCUCAGGAAGAUGGACUGGCACAGUAGCCACAACUAUGAACUUGAACAUGCUGCUGGCAACCCUGAGAAUAACGCAGGAUUGAGGAAAGCUUGUCAUAAGGUCGCCAUGAGUCCCAGCCCACUCAAUGGCAGCUAUCUAUAACUAUCUAUCAUAUAUAGACAGGAAAGUAUAAAAGAAGAAUAAAACAAACCAAAGGCAAGCAUUUGAAGAAAAUAAAAAAGAUUAGAACAGAAAUAAAUGAAAUGGAUAAUAGAAUAACAAUACAGAAAAGAAAUGACAGAAAAUAUAGGUACCUUAACAAUAUGAACAAUAUUGACAAUAUUUAGAUAGACGGGUAGAAAGAAAAAUAGGAAAAUAGAGAAUCCUCAAACGACUAAAGUCAGGAAUAAAAUUGUGGAUGUUAUUGUUGAGCUUACAGAAAUAAAAAUGACUACAAGGGAAUACUAUGAACAGUAAUGCGUUAAUAAAUUUGGUAACCUAGAAGAAACAGAGAAAUUCUUGGCAAGACACAAAUUACAUAUACUGACAGAAGAAGAAAUACAAAAUCUGAAUUAAAAACCCAAAAAAGCCACUGCCGUCGAGUCGAUUCCGACCCAUAGUGACCCUAUAGGACAGAGUAGAAUUGUCCCAUAGAGUUCCCAAGGAGCACCUGAAGGAUUUGAACUGCUGACCUCUUGGUUAGCAGCUGUAGCACUUAAUCACUAUGCCACCAGGGUUUCCAAAAAAUGUGAAUAGACCUGUAAAGAUGAUGAAUUAGCAAUUAAAAAGCUUCCACAAGUCAAACUCCAAAUCCAGAUGGGUUCACUGAUGAAUUCUAACAAACUUUCAAAAAGAACAAGGUCACAAGACAAUGUAAUGGAGAAGGAAUAGCCUUUUAAACAACACAUGGUGGUGGUAUGAUUGAAUAUCCACACACAAAAUAUUAACUUGGACCCCUACCUCACUUCUUGUACAGUGAAAUCUGUUUUUCUGAGUGACACAGAAUUUCUGGCUUUUACAAGGUGCAGUCUUACCACUUUUCUAUACCUCUUUUGGAAGUACAGCCAGAAUGUUCUUUAGAAAUGAAGAUGGCAAGUCUUCAUCUCACAUACUUUGGACAUGUUAUCAGGAGGGAUCAGUAGCUGGAGAAGGACAUCAUACUUGGUAAAGUAGAGGAUCAGAGAAAAGGAGGAAGACCUUCAACAAGACGAAUUGACACAGUGGCUGGAACAAUGAGCUCAAACAUAGCAACGAUUGUGAAGAUGGUGCAGGAGUGAAGUGUUUAGUUCCGUUGUUCGUGGGCUCACCAUGAGUCAGAACCAGCUCCGCAGCACUUAACAACAACAACUUCAUAAAAACCUAGCAAGUGUAUCUUUUCAAUUUUAUAGCAUUGGAACAGAAACUAAGCCACUUUUUAUGAUUUGCAUGUUUAUUCAAAUUAUGUACAGAUAUGUGCAUGUACUAUUCAAACAAAGACAUGGGUAAAAUUCACUUGUUCAUAAAACUUCUAAUGUCAACUAUUUAGUUUGUUUUGGUUUUUUGAUAAAAUUAUUGAGACAAAUAUCUAAGACCACAGCCUUAUCAAAUAACUCUUGCUUUCUUUUAACUUUUCCCAGUUUCUUCAAAGCCUUUGUAUAGCUGAAAACUUGUUUGACUUAAAGGUCAGGCUCUUCUAAUGGUAGGUCUUCAUUACCUUCAUCAUCAUCAUCUUUAGACGGCAAGUCCACAAUUUCUUGCAGGUUUGAUUCAUCCAUUGCUGUGGCAAUUUCUUUGUCGACAUCAAUGUAAGGGGUGUCACUUACCCUAUUUUCUGAAACACCGCUAUAAAUGUCAUUUAUUGCACCCUGAUUCUGCAUGUCAAACUCAUUUGGCUCCCAAAAAGAUACAUUGCAGGUGAUUCCGUGUUUUUUUGUUAUUAUUUUUAAGCUCUGAAGGCACCAGUUAGAUGCUGAGAAUCCAUCAGCUUUGAAAAUUUGGUUGUUUCUUUUCCCUUUGCUUGAAAGAUAGGUCCUGAAAUGGAAACAUUUUUGGGAGAGGCUUCAAGAAACCACUCAAAAAUAGUUUUGUUGAUUUCUGCAUGAUUUCAGUCCCUUCCUUUCUUGGUGUUUAUAUUGGUACUGAUCAUGUAUUUUUUCAACUAUUUCAUCUUUUUCUUUCAUAAUUGGAUAAAUUCACUUUUUGCUGCACUUUAACUUAAUUACAGCUUCCUAGAUGUUGGUGUUCUCUUCGGUUAUCAUUUUGGCAACAUUAAACUUUUCUU